UAACUGUGUGAGAGCAUAAGAAAGCAAAGGGAAAAGGAAGAGUUGUGUGUUUGUGUUGUGUGCUCUGUGUUAAGAGUAAUACGUUCCUUUUUUCUCGACUGAUUUUUCGUUCUUUACGAUCACCUAUUAAAUCGAUCAAAUCUCCAAAACCCUAAUUUUCCCAUUUGUUUCCAAUCACUCACUGCUGCGAUUCCGAUGGACGAUUACGGCAGCAGCGACGAUGAUUAUCGUUACUCUGAUCAAGAAGAAUCCGAUUGCGAAUUGUACGAAAAUAAUGAUCAGAACUUUGAGUUACUCUCUUCCACUGCUCAGGUGAUUACUGAGGAAUCAUUGCUAGCUGCACAGAAGGAGGAUUUGCGCCGAGUGAUGGACAUGCUUUCUGUAAGACAACAUCAUGCACGUACGCUGCUAAUUUAUCAUCGCUGGGAUGUGGACCAUUUGUUUGAAGUUUAUGUGGAAAAAGGGAAGGCAUAUAUGUUUGCUCAGGCUGGUGUUAGUGUGGAUGAGUGUCGUGGCUCUAACUCACUUCUUAGUGCUUCGGUAAUGUGUGAAAUCUGCAUGGACGACAUUCCUAGUGAUGAAGUAACAAGAGUGGAUUGUGGUCACUGCUUUUGCAACUCCUGUUGGACACAGCAUUUUAUUGUCAAGAUAAAUGAGGGUCAAAGUAAACGCAUCAGAUGCAUGGCUCACAAGUGUAAUUCCAUUUGUGAUGAAUCUGUCGUAAGAACUCUACUCGCUAGAGAGCACCCUGAUAUGGCAGAGAAGUAUGAACGAUUUCUUCUUGAGUCCUACAUCGAAGACAAUAAAAGAGUUAAAUGGUGUCCGAGCACGCCACAUUGUGGGAAUGCAAUUCGUGUGGAGGGUGAUAAUUUGUGUGAAGUAGAAUGUUCAUGUGGAGAUCAGUUUUGUUUUAAUUGCUUGGCAGAAGCACACUCACCCUGUUCAUGUUUAAUGUGGGAGCUUUGGGAAAAGAAGUGUCGGGAUGAAUCAGAAACUGUUAAUUGGAUAACUGUUCAUACAAAACCUUGUCCAAAGUGCCACAAACCGGUGGAGAAGAAUGGUGGUUGUAAUUUGGUUAGCUGUAUUUGUGGUCAAGCAUUUUGUUGGUUGUGUGGUGGAGCUACUGGCCGGGAUCAUACUUGGUCGAGUAUAGCGGGUCAUAGCUGUGGUCGCUUCAAAGAACAAGAGAAAACAGCUGAGCGGGCAAAGAGGGAUCUGUAUCGGUACAUGCAUUAUCAUAACCGAUAUAAAGCUCACACAGACUCCUUUAAGCUUGAAAGUAAACUGAAAGAUACUAUACGAGGGAGGAUUUCUAAAUCGGAAGAGACAAAAAGUUCUGAACUCAGUGAUUAUAGCUGGGUACAUAAUGGACUCUCUAGACUUUUCAGAUCUAGGCGUGUCCUUUCAUAUUCAUAUGCAUUUGCAUUUUAUAUGUUUGGAGAUGAGAUUUUUAAAGAAGAAAUGUCAGAAGCUGAAAGGGUAAUCAAGCAGAACUUAUUUGAGGAUCAACAGCAGCAGUUUGAGUCAAAUGUUGAAAAACUCUCUAAGAUGCUGGAGGAGCCUUUUGAUACUUUUGAAUAUGAUAAGGUUAUGGAGAUAAGAAUGCAGAUAAUAGAUCUGUCAACACUGAUUGAUGGUCUUUGUAAGAAAAUGUAUGAGUGCAUCGAGAAUGAUUUAUUGGGUUCUAUUAAUCUUGGUACUAUUCACGGUAUAGCACCAUAUAAAUCAAAGGGCAUAGAGAGGGCUUCGGAACUUCAAGUUUGUUGGAGCAAUAAAGCCAACAAUAUGGUUUGACUUAGUGGAUGCUCAGAAAUGUUACUGAGUGAAAGGAUUCUUGUAUAUGUAUGCUGCAAGCGUAGGUGUAACAGCAGAGUUUGAUCGGUCAGAAGAGAGUGGAUGUUCUUCUCGUAAGCGUGCCAGAAAAGACGGUGAAAUGUUUGAUCUAAACUUGCCAGCUGAUGCUCUAGACAGAAUCUGACUUUGAAGGAGACUUUAUAAACAAACAGGCGUACAGGUCUAACUUAAAUUGCUUUGCUGCAUUUGAUGGGGUGAAUCAACCAUUUUUGGCUUUCGCAUCCGAGCGGUUUACUCCCUCAUUUUUUUCUUCUUGCUUGUCUCUGCCGAGAUAUAUUUCCUUAGAGAUUCAAUGUUCCUCUUUUGCUUGUACAUAGCCUUGAGGCACUUAUUUGCAAUUAAAUUAUAUAAAUGCCUACAUGGGUUUCUAGAGGACAAUUUUUAGGGUAAUGUUUGAUUUCUAUCUUAUUAUGGAUUUCAAGUGAAGGUAACUUCACCCUUUUUUUUUUGGAUAACUUUCACAUAUUGAUACUCUUUUUACUCAA